AUGUCAGCUGGCUCGUUUGCUGAAAAUUAUAUAAAUGGAGAAGAAUUGGUGCGUGUCUUUCCACGUGAAGAAGUGAAUGCAUACAGAAAGAGAGUGGUACAGCUUCUAUUAGAUAAAGGAGGUCAGAGAAGUUGGCAGAAUAGUUUGUGUCGAAUUUGUGGUAGUGAAAUUGGUCCAAAAACUAGAAAAAAUCAAAAAAAAGAUAAAUGGAUAAAAUGUGAUAUUUGCAUUCCGAAUCGAUGGUAUCAUAUGGGAUGCAUUGUUUUUAGAAAUGAAACUUUAUUUUGUUGUGAAAAAAUUUAUAUAUAAAUGUAACAAUAAGUGAAACUUUACAAACUGCA